AUGGUGGAAGAGUUCGUAGAGAUUUUCAUGGAUGACUUUUCAGUUUUUGGAGAGUCUUUUGAUCUAUGCCUGAAAUAUCUAGAGAAAGCACUAGCAAGGUGUAAAGAAACAAAUCUCGUCUUGAACUGGGAAAAAUGUCAUUUCUUGGUAAAAGAGGGUAUUGUGUUGGGACAUAAAGUUUCAAAAGGUGUUUUGGAGGUAGACAAAGCUAAAAUUGAAGUAAUUGAGAAACUUCCAUCACCAAUUUUAGUAAAAAGACUUUACAGUAUUCUAGGUCAUGCCGAAUUCUACCAGCAAUUCAUCAAAGAUUUUUCAAAGAUCGCCAGACCCAUGUGCAGUUUGCUUGAAAAGGAGGCAAGCUACACUGUCACAGAGAAGGAAAUAUUGGCAUUGGUUUAUGCUUUUGACAAAUUCUGCUCUUACUUGGUAGGUACAAAAGUGAUUAUUUAUUCUGACCAUGCAGCUCUUAGGAGGGGAUGCAAAAAUCAAGUAGCAGACCAUCUAUCAAGAUUAGAGGAUUCAUCCCAUGUCGGUGAGCAAAAAUCGAUAAAGGAAGAGUUUCCAGAUGAGCAACUAUUGGCAAUAGAAGUACAAGAGCUACCAUGGUAUGCAGAUAUUAUGAACUACAUUAUUAGUGGAGUGUUUUCUCCUGAUGCUACAUCGCAGCAAAAGAAGAAGCUUAUGCAUGAUGCUAGGUUCUACAUAUGGGAUGAACCUUAUCUAUUCAAACAAGGCAUUGAAAGAAUGGUUAGAAGGUGUAUACCGGAAGCUGAAGUGCACCAAGUGUUAGAUAGUUACCCUUCAUCACCAUACGGUGGCCAUCAUGGAGGAGAGUGCACUGCGCACAAUGUUGAAGUGUUUGAUGUAUGGGGAAUGGAUUUCAUGGGUCCAUUUCUACCAUCUUACGGGAGUCAAUAUAUCUUGGUGGCAGUGGAUUAUGUAUCCAAAUUGGUUGAAGCAGUAGCCCUUCCCACGAAUGACUCCAAGGUGGUGAGUAAGUUCCUAAAGAAGCAUAUCUUCACUCGUUUUGGAAAUCCCAGGUCAAUUAUAAGUGAUGGAGGAUCACAUUUUAUCAAUCAAACAGUGAAGAACCUCUUGGCCAUAUUCGGGGUAUGCCACAAGGUGGCCACAACUUAUCAUCCACAAACUAAUGGACAGGUGGAAAUCUCUAAUAGGGAAGUGAAGCAAAUUCUGCAAAAGACUAUCAAUGCACAAUAG